UGCUGCCCCAAGCUGCGACCCUUUUCACGGGGUGGGUGGGUGUUAAAGCAGAUUCCGGCCAGAUCGGAUCCUAGGGCACCCUGCCUCGUUGUACUGCAAGGACAUACUGAGAGGAGCCAGAAGAAAACCUUCCCGUUCCCCCGGGGGGGGAUGGUCCUGAAUCCCGCUGCCCUGGGAGACAAAGUCUAGCUGCUUCCUGCUUUGCCAGCCAGCCUGCCUGGUUGCUAGGGGAUGGUUGCCAGGCUUUGUGUUGGGCAACAGUAGCCCAGGAGGAUGGCUGGCAGCAGCAGUGAGCUGGCAGCAGCCCGGGCAGGGGCAGCGUGGCCUGGAGGAGGCGGGCACGGAGGGCAUGGAUUUGGAGGCAGACCGACCAUACGUCCCUCAGGGGACUCUGGAGACAGACUUCCCAACCCCGUUGUACAGUGACGAGUACCUCACGCUGCACGGGCCCCGCAAUGCCCCCGUCCUGAAGCAGGCCGUGCGCUGGAAGUGCACCCCCAUGGGCCGAGACGCCAUCCCCCAGACCUGGUACACGGGGCUGACCAACAGCGACAACCGAGACGUCUGGUACACGCUCACCAGCGGCCUGAGCCGCGAGGCCUACCACCGCUGGGCCCGCUCCCUUGCCGAGAGGGAGCGGAAAACCUUGCCCCCUGCCUAUGCCCAGCACCUGCGGGAGGGAUCGUGGUUUGACCCAGUGGUCCCUGCCCAGUACUUGGAGCCCAGCACCAGGUGGGGGGCCUUCCUGUGGAAAGACAAACCCGUCCUAGGGAAGGAGUAUGUUGUCAACCGUAACCGCGCCAGCAGUGAGCUGAAGGGCCACGCUGGCUACGUCCCCUGCCUGGCCGCCCACACGCCCGCCUUCACCACCAGGGACUUCCGCACCUGGACGCUCUUCAGCCACCAGCCAUCCACCAACCAGUAAACGCUGCUGUGCCGCAGGCUGCCUCCGUCGGGCUGGGGGGAGCGAGCGGGGUUGGGGCUGAGUCGCCCCCAGUGGCCUGAGUUGCUGGGCUGCCAGGGGCUCCCGGGUGUCCUGCUGCAAGGAGCCUGGCUCUGGGCCCGUGGCUGGCUGGAGUUGUGGCCAGUGGCCCUGGGUACCCACGGCAGGCCUGUGUAGGCUGAGCAGACCCUUCCCACCCAUGCGCCUGCCUCAGCUGCUGUGCCACCCCCAGCGGGCUCCCCUCCGGGGAACACACAGCCUUGCCCGGCUGCCUUCCUAGCUCUGCCCAACCCCUGCCCCUUGGUCGAGCCUUGGGGACGGAAUGGGCAGCAGCCAGAGGAGUUAACAGCCCCCCAGCCGUUCAUUUCUGCCCUGGGAAGCACUGGCACUGCACAUGGGCAGGGCCAGAGGGCUCCUGGCAGGCUGUGCACCCAGCAGCCCCUCGGCUCCAUGCCCCUUAGCUCGCUCCUUGGUGUGAUGCUCCCUGCCCAGACUCACGUCUCUCCUGCGCUGGCCCGGCGUGGAGCUGCCUGGCUGUAGGGUCCUGGGCUGGGCCCAGGUGCCCCUUGACAUGCACUUACUGGGGGUCCUCUAGGGCUCACCCACCGCCCCCAGUCCUCCCUUCCCCUGGCAGCAGAACCUGCUCUGGGCUCCUCCCCACACUGGCCUGGGGCCUUGUAGGGGACACAGUUGAUGCUGGGGGCAGACGUUCAGGCCCCCCAGGGUUCACUGCUCUGUUCUGCCUCGGUGGCACCACUGCUGCCCUGAGCUGGCCGUUCCUGGCAGGGCCCACCCAGCAUCUCGCCACUGCUUUGUUCCCGCUGCAGGCAGCCCCAGAGGCUGGCAGCCGUUCUGCGCCAGCAGCUUCUUGAGACCAUCUCCCAGGCCCUAGGACUGUCCUGCCUGGGCAGCUGGGCUUACCUGGCCCUAUCCCCACCCCCCAUCUCUCCAGGACCCACUCGCUCACCAGCGCCCCAGAGACUCAUAGAAUCUCAGGGUUGGAAGGGACCUCAGGAGGUCAUCUAGUCCAACCCCCUGCUCAAAGCAGGACCAAUCUCCAGACAGAUUUUUGCCCCAGAUCCCUAAGUGGCCUCCUCAAGGACUGAGCUCACAACCCUAGGUUUAGUAGGCCAAUGCUCAAACCCCUGAGCUAUCCCUCUGCCCAGUGCCAAGCUCCCCAGUACCUGGCUCUGAUGGGUCCAGGCUGGAGGGUCCUCCUGCAGGGCAGGGGGAUAGUACGGACUCAAGUGGCCCCCUCCACCCCCACCCAGUGGGAUCCCUCUGUCCCGGGCUCCCAGCCCGCCCUGCAGGACUAGAGCUUUGCCGCAGACACACAGGCUGGAGCUGGAGUGUGGGGCUGGCUUGUCUUUAUUAAUAACAGAACCCAGCCCUUUACCCCAGACCCUCCCCUGGCACCACCUGAGCACUGGCCUGCAGCACCAGGCACUGGAGGAAGGGGCUGUGCCAAGCUGAAUGGAGAGCAGGGGAGGGGCCGGCUAGUCCGGCCCAUGGGCACAGGGUGCGAGGCCGAGCUGGAUUCUCACCCCAGCCUGGGGCGGUUGGCGCCAGCGGGUUGGUUCGGGCCCUUGUUCUGCUCUAGGCACCAGCUGGGCACCGGGACGCCGGGCUUGGUUCCUGAACGAAUGGGGCGGGGGCCGUACCCACUGGUUCAGUGCUAUGACACGGACCCCCAGCCCCCUGCCUGUAACUGACCAGAGCCCGCGGCCCAAGCUUUGCCACGGUCCUCCCAACAGCUGCAGGGGACCCAUAACCCCCUAGGGGACCUAGCAGCCCCAUCUCCCGCAGGCGGGACAGAGGUGAAUUCCAGGCCUGGCUGGGGCCCCUGGAGGCUGACAGCAGCUGCCUCCCACAGCAGCCCGUGCCCGGAGGGAGCCCCGUCUCCCCAGGAGGGGCCCUGAGCACGCGGGAGCCCAGGGUGUCUCAGACAGCAGCAGGGGGUGACGCUCGGUGCUGGACAGGAGGUCAGCAGGAGGCUUGUGCCUUGCAGCGCCAUUGCAUUGCACAGCUGCUGUGAGAGCCAGGCAGCGUCGCUCACUCGCGCAGGGCUCCCCUCCCCGCCCGGCUGGAUAUUCUCACGCUCUCCAGGGGCCAAGGGCCCCUGGCGGAAGCCGAAAACGCCCAUUUCCUUUUUGGCACAAGGACCGAGUCCAUCGAGUUUUGCUGCCUCAGCUGAAGGUUGCGUGAGAGUUGCUUGCUCAGGGCAGUCAGGCCCAGUGUCCGUUACAGCUGAGGUUGCAAACCCUGCGGCUGGGCAGGGAUCAGCUGCAGCAGGGCUUGUGCAGGUUACCAAGGGGAAGCUGGUGCGCUAUUGAACCCAGCACAGGGGCGCUUUAAGGCACACGGUUUAAGUGCCCGACUGCUCAGAAGGAGACGUUCAACUUGUCCUCUGCAUCAGCACCAGCACUGCUGUGUCUGCAUUUCAUCCGCGAGGAGUUGUUCCUGGUCCAGGCCUUGUCGGUUCAUUUCCCUCCCCUGGUCUCCUUAAAAAUCAGCCCCAGCUCUGCUGAGGGCAAGACCCAGCUCAGGAUGAGGGGGAAAGCCGUGGGAUUCCAGCCCAUUUGGCAGGGGUGGCAUCUGCCAGCCGCAAGCCUGGUCCUUCGGGCACGAGGCUCCGGUGCUGAGUGCAGCCUGACUCCUCCCUGGUUUCAGGUCGUCUUGUAUCUUUACAUAAACAAAAGAAAACUGGUUAAGCAAAUGAGUGGGGCAAAUUACUGCAGCUGCGGGGGGCAGCAACAGCGUGAGAAGACAGGCUGGCUCAGGGAUCCAGGGCUGGGCACCUGGCGUGGGUUCAGCCCCUCCCCUGUAAAUGGAAUCCCCCCUCAGUUCCUGGGGGGCCAAGAUGUGAAGCCGCAGCUGACUCCCCCCUGCAGGGAAUGGUAACGCCACCUUUCGUCCAGUUAACAAAGCCCCUGGCUGGUGUGUGCCGGGUCCUGGGGCUGCGGCGUGGGGAGUAACCCAAGGGCCGGCUGCAGACAGCCUCCCGCUAGCCCCAAGCAGGUCGGGAAUCGAGCCCGGAGUGGGGGCCGCGGCUCUCUAGGAGGGGACGGGGAGGCAGAAAGCCAAUUGCUCUGCGGCUGGGGCCUCCUCUUCCCCCCACGCGCCCCAUGUGAAAUGAGCGUAACGGGAAAAGGCCGAGCGGCUUCGCAGCCAUGGGCCCAGAGCCAGGGGUUACACUCACUGCCGCCUGUUAGAGGAAUAACCUGCCCUGCACAGCCCUGGCAGGAGGGAUCGCUGAGCAGGACCGUGGCUGCCUGCUGCCCCUGGGCCAUGGGGCUGGGAGCCCGGACUCCUGGGUUCCAUGCCUGGAUGUGCACCCGGCGCCUGCCCUCCGUAGGGCCAACAGCUGCAGGCUCCAGUGAGGCCUGCCCGCUUCGUACCCGGCGCCCAGGGGCGGUCGGAGACCGGGGGCAGCUCCCUGCCCGUUUGCCUUUGCUGAGCCUCUGCCAAGGGCAGCGGUUAGCACCCAGGGAAAUCCUGCCUGCUGGCAAGGAGCCAGCGCCUCUGGGCCUCAGUUUCCUCAUUCCCCCCUCCCUCGUGGUGCCUGGGCGGGGCUCGGGGCUGCGGGUGCUGGGGAGGAAGGGUGACCGACACGCAGGGUGACCACUGUUCCCUGCCAGGGCCAGGGACUGGGCUGGAGGCACCCGGAGGGGGACGUCUGGCAGGCUCUGGAGGUUUAUCCUGAGGCAGCUCCAGCCCCUGCGCUCCCCUGUCAGCCGUCCCCUUUUCCUUGCUGGCUGCAGGGCGGCCCCUUUUCCUUGCUAGCUGCAGGGCGGCCCCUUUUCCUUGCUGGCAGGUGCUGGCCUGGGCGGGGAGGCCACGCUCGGAGCUGGGUCGGCACAGGGCCGCUGCAGCUGGGAGCAGGAGCCAGGCACGGGCAGGAGAGGCAGAGACGGGUUGGGCCGGGGGGAGGAAUCACCCCCUGCUCCCCUGGGUCUCCCCAGCUCACCCCACUCCAGCCAGGGGCUCCUGUCCCUGGCAGCUGCUCCCCUCCCUGCCCCCGCUCCCCUGGGCCCGAAGAUCCAAGUCCCCAGGUGAGUGUGGGGCACAUUCAGCAGGGAACCGCAGCGGUGAGAGGAGCAGAAUGUGGGGCAGCCGGUAACGUGGGUUGAGGAGGGGACGGGGAGAGCAGUGGGGCUCCAGGCUGGGGGCAGGGCAGGGAGAAGUCACAUGGGGAGGUCACGUGCCCCCCUUUAGCUGGUGCCCCCUUUGUGUCCCGCUUACUUGGCUCGUCGGGGAAUUGAGAUUUGGCUGACGGACGUUCCCAGCCCGUGGCCCGAUGUCAAACAGAGAAAAUAAACUGCAGCCACAGCCA